UCCAAAACACUGACAAAAUGUAGAAAAUAAUAGACUUCUAAAACUGUCUCUCUUUUCCACCAAUUAACGAUUUUUAUGACGCCAUUAUGUACCGUCAUUUUGUAUUUUUUCAUUAUUAAUAAAAAUAAUGUAACUCUCCAAAACAAUAAAAAUAAAUGAUAAACAAUAAAGCAUAAGUUAAAAAGAUGAUAAAAAAUUUAAUAAAGUAUUGACAAAAAGAUUCCAGGCUGCGGGGUGAACUAAACGUUAUUGGCUAAUUAAAAAAGGGGGAGGAGCCACUCAAUAUGUCGCGCCCUAACUUCCUGUUUUAAUAGAAGCUACACGCAAAACUGCGGAUUGUAAAUUCACUUCAGUGAGUUGUUAAAGGUUAGAGACCUUCAAUAUCUCUACUGGUGGUAGUCCUGAUAAACUGUCUCACAUACUGUUGAAUAAUGGAUCAGCUCAUCAGAACAGGGCUAGAGGUGAAAGUGGGGUGAAUUUGGGUUUUAUUGGCCGGAAAUUAAAUCGAUGUGAUUGUGCAUCUGGGUCAAAGUUCAUAAUGCUUAUGCCUGGCUGAUAAAACAGUGUUCGGCUAUCUUGUGAUAAUGGGUCAUGUUUAUUCCAUAUUGGACAAAGGAGCUGGACUUAAAAAUGGGUCAGAGUCAAAGCGAUGAGGAAGAAGAAGUGAAACUAGCAGAUAUUCAGCCUCUUUAUGCUCUUUAUAUGAAAGUGUGCCCGAGCGGAGCUUUGCAUCUUCAUGAAUUUCGCAAAAUCUUCGGGGUUCGGAGCACAUCGGAGGAUGAAGCGCUGUUCAUGGAAACAAUAUUCAAAUCAUUUGACACAAACAGGGAUGAUGUCAUUGACUUUAUGGAAUUCGUAGCAGCUGUCCAUCUGGUACUGAGAGGAAAUCUAGAGGACAGAUUGAGGUGGUCCUUUAAAGUCUAUGACAGAGAUGAAAAUGGAAAGUUGGAUAGAGAAGAGGUCAAGCAUAUCAUAAAGAUCAUAUGCCAAAUACGAAGAAAGGCCAAUAACAUGACACCCAAAGAAAUUUGUGAUAGGAUAUUUGAUCUUUUGGAUGAAAAUAAAGAUGGUCAAAUAUCCCUGUCAGAGUUCAUGGAAGGUGCACAAAAAGAUGCUUGGAUCAUGGACCAACUCAAACUGGACAUCAAUGCACGUGGUUGGUUCAAUGAAAACUGGGGGAAAAAAACAUGAGUCUCCUAUCUAAGGUCAAGACCCAAGGGUCGUAUGUUUGCCCUUUAACAAUCUUUCAAAUGCUGAGGUCUGCAAACUGGAAAGGAGGUCAGACAAUAUUUGUUGCGGGUCACAAGGGAGGAUGUGUCUCGUUGCACAUUGAUCACACUGAACAACAGCCGGUCCGGAUUUCUUCAAGUGGAUUCCAACCCGAUAGUUUCCUGGGUGUGUGUUGGAGCUGGUUUUGUUUAUAGCUGUUGGAUAUACUGUAAAACUGCUGUUCCCAGAGGAGAACACAACUGCUAUUACUGUCUGGUCUCCAGGGCUGUCAACUCAUGGGGCCAAUAGCCUCAAACCUAAAGCCCAAAAUGGAUGCACGUUCCUGUCAUCGGGCCAAAAGCCAUGCAGUGUUGCCAAUAAACCCUUGCUUAAUCUGCGGCUGCAGUCAAAAUGUCACACGUCUCAACGCACAGCUAAAAGUCUGGUUUUCAGGUGUUCCUUAAACAGUGCCGGGCAUAGGCAGAACAAGUUAGAUAUAGUUAUUGUUAUAAAGUUGUUAUUAUUAUUAGAGUCUCUAUGCCAAAUGUUCUCUUUAAUAUGGUCAUAUGUUAUAUUUGACUGUACAUAUUGCAGCUCAUGGGAUUAAUUUGUGUUAAACUAUGUGUUUAUAUUUAUGUGUUUUUUAUAUUAAGCAAAAAGCGUGCUCUUAAAGGUGCUGCAUAUUCAUUUUUUGCAUUGUUAAAAUGUUUUCUAGCAUGCAGAGAGAAAUGUAAGCAGGACUGUUGUAGGUUGACUUUCACCAAGGAGAGUAAACUAAUAAAAUCAGCAUAUAAACAUUUCAGUCCCUCCAGAAAAACGCGAUUAUUCGAUCGCAUGAUUCAAUGCAAAAUUAGCCAAAGUCUGCAUACUUAUGCGGGGGCCGCAUUUUUUGUAAAUACGCCUCACUUUCACUGCAUAAAUUGCAGGGGCUUGAAUGAUUUCAUAAACAUUUUCAUAGUAAAAAGUCAUAUAUAUCUUAGCAGAAAGUCGCAAAAUGUGGCAUUUACUUGACACAUGCGCAGCCAUUUCCCCUGUUGUCAUGGGCAGUGUUGGGGGUAACGCGUUACUAAAGUACCGAGUAAAGUAACGCAUUACUUAUUAAAUGUACACAUUAAUAUUUGAGUUACUUUUUCAAAAAACUAAUGCAAGUUACUUUUUUAGUUUAAUUAAUUUGAUUACAUUUUUUUGUGAUGAAAUAUGCAAUUUCUCAAUGCAGAACUUUUCAGUCAAAAAAACACCUGCAAGGCCUGAAAGAGAUCAAGCCUCAGCCAAGAAAAAGUAAUGCAAAAGUUACUAAAAAGUAACGUAAGAAUUACUUUCAAUGAAAAGUAUCUAAGUAUUAUUUGUGUUUUAUUUUAUGAAAUCCUUCUAACGUUAUGCAUAUGAAGUAACCGUUUUAUAAAAGCAAUAAACCCCGCAAAGCAGUGGGGUUACAUUGCAUUUUACAACAGCUAAGGGGCGUUAUUAGGCACGACGCGAAGUGAAGCUGUUAUAAAAUGCACUGGUAACCCACUGCUUCUUGGGGCUUAUUGCUUUAAUAUCCCGCAUAUCCCAUCGUUUUUUCACAACAAUCACAAAAAACUCUGUGUUUUUCUGGAAGGACUGACAUUUUUUUCAACCAAUGCUGCGAGUUCUAGCACGUUUGAUUAACCUGUUUGAUAAUUUUUGCAAUUCAGUUUGAUUUUGCCUGGCCAUUUUAGGUAAAUGAUAUAGAUUCCUCUCAAGAAAGUGUACAUUUUGAAAGUAUUUGAUUAAAAGAUGAAUUCUGGAAUGAACAUUGUUAGCAGUUAUUUAAACUGGCAGUGAAAAGUCAAAUGAUAUGCAGAAGUCUGGCUAUAUAAAAGGUACAGUAUUCAUUAUUGUAAAAAUGCUUUUCUGUGCAGUUGCAGUGACUGAAUACUACAAAUUAAACUACAAUAGAUCUUAGGUUAUACAGUACAUUACUGUGCGUCUUUGCCUAAAAAUGGCCCAAAGUUAUUUAUAAUUGCUUGCCAUGAUCAAACAAAUUCUGCAAGACACUGGCCUGAAACCAGUAAUACUUUUUAUCUGUUUAUUUUGAGUUCACGCAUUAAUUUUACGCG